CGGCUCCGGGGCUCCAUGUACACCCCGGGCGGAGCGGGGGGGCCCGGCGGGCGGCGGCGCCGCGGGGGGGGGGCCGGGGCCGUCCCGAAGCAGGCGGAGCGGAGCCUGGUGUCCGCGCUGCCCGGGGCCCUGUCCAUCACCGCGCUCUGCACCGCGCUGGCUGAGCCCGCCUGGCUCCGGAUCCACGGCGGAGCCUGCGCACGGCAGGAGCUGGGGGUCAAUGAUGUGCUGGGGGCUGUGGAACCGGAGCUGCUGCGAGAUUACUGCAUGAACCCACAGACUGUGCUCCUGCUCCGGGUCAUUGCUGCCUUCUGCUUCCUGGGAAUCAUCUGCAGCCUCUCUGCUUUCCUGCUGGAUGUGUUCGGACCCAAGCACCCGGCGCUGAAGAUCACCCGGCGCUAUGCGUUCGCUCACAUCCUCACAGUCCUGCAGUGCGCCACCGUCAUCGGCUUCUGCUACUGGGCCUCGGAGCUGAUCCUGGCGCAGCAGCAGCAGCACAAGAAGUACCACGGCUCCCAGGUCUACGUCACCUUUGCCGUCAGCUUCUACCUGGUGGCAGGUGCCGGCGGCGCCUCCAUCCUGGCCACGGCCGCCAACCUCCUGCGCCAUUACCCCACCGAGGAGGAGGAGCAGGCGCUGGAGCUGCUCUCGGAGAUGGAGGAGAAUGAACCAUACCCGGCUGAGUACGAGGUCAUCAACCAGUUCCAGCCACCACCAGCCUACACCCCCUGAUCCGGUGCUGCUCCCGGCCCCAUCCGCAUCCUCAUCCCUCCCCUUCCAUGGCUGUUCCCACCCGGAGGAAGGACCUCGUCCGUGUUCUCCUCCCAUCUCUUCCAUGAACUCCAUAAGGUGACUUGGAGCCCUCUUGGCGGAAGGGACGUCGGGAUCAUCCCGGCACACCUCUUCCCAUGGUUUUAUCCCAUUGGAGCUCUCCCAUUGAGGGAAUCCUGUCCCUGAUCCAUCCCAUCACCGGGGUCUAUGUACAGCGGUUCAUAGGGAUUCCUAACCCGGAACACGGGAUGGAGCCCCCCCCCCCCCCCCCCCGCUCCCUGGUUUGCACUUUAGUUGAGGCUCCGGGUGGGAUGGGGACGGAUCUGGGACCGAUGCAUGGGACCUGUCACCCCCAGAAGCUCUGCCCCCCGGCAGCAGCUCCCCCCAUUGAGCCGGCUGGGGGGGGUUAACCCAGAUGUGGGCUCCCGGCUGGAAGAGCAGCCUCUGCCCAUGGUUUUAUGCAAGAUCCCGACCCCAACACCAGCCAAACUCCUGCUUUUUGCCCCAUUUCCAUUGCUGUCGGUGUUCCCGUGUCCUGCUCUUCGCUGGUGAUCCCGGUUCCCACCACUAACACCG